AUGAUUAAAAUAUAUACAAGUAAUAGUGUAAUAAAGUUCUCAAAUAAACUAGAGACUAAAACUGAAGAAUACAGAAAUCUUGAAGAUAUCGUAAAAGGGGAUAAAAAAAAUAUAAAUGAAGAAGAGGGCGAAUACGAAGUCGAAUCUAUUCUAGAUCAUAAAACUAAUGCAAAUGCCGGAACAGUUAUAUCAACAAAAAGAAACGCUGCCAAACAAGAAUCCAGACAUCGAAAAUUUCCAAAGAAACCAAAAACAAUAAAGGUAACAUUGGAUAAUGAGUAUGAGAUCCUUAUUAUAGAUGAUAACUGGGAAAAUAAGGUUGAAUCAAUUGAAUCAAUUGUUCGUGACGACAAAACCAAAGAAUUGUUUGCUUAUCUCAAAUGGUAUUAA